AUGAGAGCACAGGAGAGCACAGGAGAGCACAGGAGAGCACAGGAGAGCACAGGAGAGCACAGGAGAGCACAGGAGAGCACAGGAGAGCACAGGAGAGCACAGGAGAGCACAGGAGAGCACAGGAGAGCACAGGAGAGCACAGGAGAGCACAGGAGAGCACAGGAGAGCACAGGAGAGCACAGGAGAGCACAGGAGAGCACAGGAGAGCACAGGAGAGCACAGGAGAGCACAGGAGAGCACAGGAGAGCACAGGAGAGCACAGGAGAGCACAGGAGAGCACAGGAGAGCACAGGAGAGCACAGGAGAGCACAGGAGAGCACAGGAGAGCACAGGAGAGCACAGGAGAGCACAGGAGAGCACAGGAGAGCACAGGAGAGCACAGGAGAGCACAGCAGAGCACAGCAGAGCACAGCAGAGCACAGCAGAGCACAGCAGAGCACAGCAGAGCACAGCAGAGCACAGCAGAGCACAGCAGAGCACAGCAGAGCACAGCAGAGCACAGCAGAGCACAGCAGAGCACAGCAGAGCACAGCAGAGCACAGCAGAGCACAGCAGAGCACAGCAGAGCACAGCAGAGCACAGCAGAGCACAGCAGCGCACAGCAGCGCACAGCAGCGCACAGCAGCGCACAGCAGCGCACAGCAGCGCACAGCAGCGCACAGCAGCGCACAGCAGCGCACAGCAGCGCACAGCAGCGCACAGCAGCGCACAGCAGCGCACAGCAGCGCACAGCAGCGCACAGCAGCGCACAGCAGCGCACAGCAGCGCACAGCAGCGCACAGCAGCGCACAGCAGCGCACAGCAGCGCACAGCAGCGCACAGCAGCGCACAGCAGCGCACAGCAGCGCACAGCAGCGCACAGUAGCGCACAGUAGCGCACAGCAGCGCACAGCAGCGCACAGUAGCGCACAGUAG